CUAAUUUCCCGAUUUUCAAAAAGCUUCAUAGCAGGUGUGAUUCAACUAGUGCAACGUACAAUGACCACAGAUGAUCCAAAAGUACUAUAUCCCCUACAUUAUCAUGCUUGGAAUAAUGACUAUAUGGCUUUGGAUGAACUGCUUCACCAAAAGAAACAUGAUAUAGAAAAACUGGAUCCUCAUGGGCGAACCCCGUUAAUGUUAUGCAUUGUACUUGACCAUUUGGAGUCUGCACGAGUUUUACUUCGUCAUGGUGCAAACGCUUGCGUUUCUACAAGUAAAUUCUGGACAGCUGCACAGGAGGCUAUUGCAACAGGGGAUCCUGAACUUGUCAAAUUAAUUUUGGUUCAUAGAGACGCUCAGAUUGUUCGUCACCAGGCUGCUAUAGUUGCGGAUUUGCUGCAGAAGCUCAGAGAAACCCCUGACUUUUAUAUUGAGAUGAAAUGGGAGUUCACUAGUUGGCUACCUCUUGUAUCGCGUAUGUGUCCAAGUGAUGUUUGUCGUGUAUGGAAAUGUGGAUCAAAUGUUAGAAUCGAUACAAAUCUACUUGGAUUUAAUGGGUCAGCAUCAUGGGUCCGUGGUCAUCUGAGCUAUAUGUUUAGAGCUGGAGAAUCUGGAGCAUAUAUGGAUGAGGUAAAUCAUACUGAUCGAACUAUUUAUCGACACAACGUAAAUUUACCGAGUCGAUCUGAUGGAAUAGAUGGUGCACCAAGUGCUGGAAGUGGUGCCGGUGCCGCAGCUACUGCUGCUGCCCAACUCUUUGUACGUGAACCUUCGGAAAGUACUAUUGCAAGCAAAUUGACUCAACCUAUUUUCGUCACGUAUUUGGAUACAGACAAAAUAGAGUUUGAGAAAAGCAAAUCAGGAAUUUUAGGAUGGCGAUCGGAUCGUAAAGAAACCAUUAAUAAUCAUCCUUGUCAAGUAUACUGUGCUUCAAAUGUACAAAUAAUCACAUUACGUCGUACAGAACAUUUAACCGAAGAAAAUCUACGUGAUCUUAAUCAACAGCAUAAUCCCAAUGAUAAUGAACAUGGUACCAGUGGGGGUGAUGGAAGUCUUGUUGGUGGUGGUUGUAGUGCUGCUAGUGAUAUAGUAUUCCCAGGUGGCCGGGGUAAUCUACUGACAAAUUUACUACAGACAGCUGCAUCCGAAACUAAAACAGACUUCGCUGUUACACACGAAGCAGCAAGCUACAAUCCAAAUCAUGUAACACCACAACAAUAUUUCUCGCCUAAUAUCAGUACACAAAUUCAUUUAGAUGAUAUUGGUCGACCGAAAGUGAUGACAACAAAAGUGAAAACAUUUAAGGCACGUUUAUGGAUAUGUCGUGAUUAUCCUUUAUCAUUGAAAGAUCAAAUUAUACCAAUUAUUGAUUUAAUGUCUGAAUAUAAUCCAUACUUUCAUAAAUUAAAAGAAUUUCUUACUAAACAAUUACCUAAUGGAUUUCCAUUGAAAGUUGAAAUUCCGCUUUAUCAUGUCUUAAAUGCAUGCGUCUCAUUUGGCAAUUUACAUGGUCAAGAUAACAGUGUAUAUGGUGUUUCUACUGUACCUAUUGGUAAUAAAGAUACUGGUCAGCAUCAUGCAUCAGAUUCAGCAGAUAAGAAAAUAAAUAGUUCCACAACUAGUAAUCAAACUGAUCAACCAUUACUUGAAUCUUCAACUGAAUCCAGUUCAUCAUCACAGGCAGUUAAGUGUGUAAUAGAUGAAAGUGUAUUCGACGUGGGCAAAGGAUAUCAUUUAAUAGUUGAAAAUUCACCUGGACACUAUGGAGCUUUGUAUGAUGAAGAACAAAUGGUUCAAAUGGCUGUUCAACGAAGUUUGGUAGAGUAUGGAUCAUCUGAGAAUUUGAUACAAAGAGAUUAUUCAUUGUCUAAACGUGGAAUAAUCGAAGCAAGAGCUGAUGAGUACGUUGAACCCGAAGAAGCUUGGCUGCAACAAGCAAUUGCAGCUAGUUUAAGUCUCGACGGUGCUGAAAUUCCUUUGACAAGUGCAGAUGCAGCUUAUAUGAAAGCUUUAGAAGAAUCUCGUAUUGAACAAGAACUUGAAGAAAAACGUCGUCGAGCUGAAGAUGAAGAACUAGCACGUAUACUUGAAUUGUCAACCAAAGAAAAAUAAUUCAUUGUGUUGUUCUGUUUUACAAAAUCUUUGUUCAUGUAUCCAUAUAUGUAUCUUUCAAAAAACGCUUACACGCAAAUAUAUAUUAUUUUGUCAAAUAAUACUAAUAAUCAUCGCAAUCGCUUAUCCAUAUCACAUGUGAUAUAAUGACAAAAUUAAUCAGAAUAUAUUGUAUGCUACUAACUUGAUCCCUGUAUACCACUUAUCCUACUAGAUGAUAGUCAAACAAAUCGCUUUCUUACGUCUACUUACUCCAAACAAAAAGUUCACAUAAAUAACAGUCAUUUAGUAACGGCUUUUAACAAUAUAUGUAGCCGUAACCGCAUUAUGUUUGCCUUCCUGCUUUGAAAUUCCUAAUGAAAUUUAACGCCGAAUAAUAUCAUUUCAAGUCUAUUCAUAAUCUGUAACCUUGUUUAAUACACUCAUCUUACAUUUAUUACUAGUUGAUGAUAAUGUAAAACAAUUUUCACAAUGUUGUCUUUACUGCCUUUUGUUUAUCAAGUAUAAUAUAUGCUGUUAGUGAAAACUGUACUGUAUAAUCACAUUUUUCUGUUCAACCAAUGCUCUCCGUUGUUUUAUUAUUUCUUACGCUUGAUGAUCAUCAUUCUAGUCAGUGGGGAUAUAUGAAUAUCCUAAUCCUUCUUUGUUGAGCAUUAUAUUCUAUUAGUUUCUCCUAUCAUUUGUGUAAUUGUUUAUUUUUCUUUGGUAAUAUCCAUAUAAUUUGAUAUAUCAUUCUUUAUGACCAUUAUUGUUGCACAUCAGGUCUCUCUGAACAUGAUGUUUGCUACUAUUCUUAUUGUCUUUGGUUUUACAUUGCUUAUUUAAUGUGUUCAACUGAUUUCUAUAAUACGGUUGAUUGAUGCUUUUAUAUUCAUUCUUUUAGUUGAGUAAUUGACGUAGUAUGACACAAUAUUAGUUAGGCUGCUGCAUCCACUCUUUGUGUUCUCUCAAAUUCUAACCUUCUGAAUUCCUCAUAAUCUCUAUCUUUCUCCUUCUAAAUUUAUCUUACUGAAUUAUACUUCUCGAAUCAUAUCUUCGCUCCCUAAUCUUCUUCAUUACUGCUAAUACUUCUACUAU